AGAAAAAGGAGGAGGACGGAAAAGCUCACACAUAACAGGCUGCUGCACAGUGUGGGAAGGCAGACUGCGCACGGCGAACCCAGCGCGUGCCCUUUAACAGCUCUCCGGCUCUGCACGAGGAUGCUCCGGACGGGACGGUGACCACAGUAACGUGGUUUGACUGGGGGUAACACUGUAGACGCUGAAGAGGAAGCAUGAAGUUUACGGUUGCGGUGUUGUUCUUGUGUUUUGUGCACGGGGAUGCGGCUACUCAAGCUCCAGAUGAAUCCUUUGUGUCCCUGGCAGAGUUGGAGGACUCUCUAUUGAGGAACCUGUUUCGUGGAUACCAGAAGUGGGUACGUCCAGUUCAACACGCCAAUGACACCAUCACUGUCCGCUUCGGCCUCAAAAUCUCUCAGCUUGUCGAUGUGGAUGAGAAGAAUCAGCUGAUGACCACUAAUGUCUGGCUCUGGCAGGAAUGGGUUGACGUAAAACUAAAGUGGAACCCAGAUGAGUAUGGUGGAAUUACUUCAAUCCGUGUUCCAUCUGAAACAAUAUGGCUCCCAGAUAUCGUCCUGUAUGAAAAUGCUGACGGACGUUUCGAAGGCUCCCUUAUGACCAAAGCUAUAGUCCGUUGGGAUGGGACAAUCAUGUGGACACCCCCGGCCAGUUACAAGUCUUCCUGCACCAUGGAUGUCACCUUUUUCCCUUUCGAUCGACAAAACUGCUCCAUGAAGUUCGGCUCUUGGACUUAUGAUGGCAACAUGGUGGACCUGGUUUUGGUCGAUCAUUAUGUAGAUCGUAAAGACUUCUUUGACAAUGGCGAGUGGGAAAUACUGAACGCCACCGGAGCUAAAGGAAGCAGGCGAGAUGGGGUGUACUGGUAUCCUUUCGUCACGUAUUCGUUCAUUCUCAAAAGGCUGCCGCUCUUCUAUACUCUGUUCCUGAUCAUCCCAUGUUUAGGACUGUCCUUCUUGACAGUUCUCGUGUUUUAUCUUCCGUCGGAUGAAGGCGAGAAACUGUCCCUGUCCACGUCUGUGCUUGUGUCGCUAACUGUGUUCCUCCUGGUCAUAGAAGAAAUCAUACCUUCAUCUUCAAAGGUGAUACCUCUAAUUGGAGAAUACCUGCUCUUCAUCAUGAUCUUUGUCACCUUCUCCAUUAUUGUCACUGUGUUUGUCAUCAACGUGCACCACCGCUCCUCCGCCACCUACCACCCCAUGGCCCCCUGGGUAAAGAGCCUGUUCCUACAGAGACUGCCCCGCCUCCUGUGUAUGAGAGGACACACUGACAGAUAUCACUACCCAGACAUUGAGCUGCGCAGCCCUGAGCCAAAGCCACGUAAGGGGGCGAGGAGGGGUGUCCCAGGACACAGCAGUGGGCAGCAGAGGUGCACCAUGGGAGCCAAGGAGGAAGAGGACUGGCUGACAAUGCUGGAGAAGGCCACUAAUUCAGUCCGCUACAUCAGCCGUCAUAUCAAGAAGGAGCAUUUUAUCAGAGAGGUGGUACAGGACUGGAAAUUUGUGGCUCAGGUUUUGGACCGGAUCUUCCUUUGGGCCUUUCUCACAGUCUCCAUCCUGGGAACCGUCCUCAUCUUCACCCCAGCUCUGCAUUUGUACUUCAGCACACCAUCAUGAACAACUCACUCAAACUACACCUCGCAUAGUUUUCCUCACAUAUGAUUUAUGAAUGAAGCUCACUGCUAUGUUCAUAGUGUACAAUUGAAAGGUGCAAAUCUUUACCUCUGCAGAGUGCAUCUUGCAGGCUGGACUGUCUGCAGGAACAUAAUGCAAUUUGUUUUGAGAGAUGCAGUGGAGUCAAAGCAAUAAGCAAGUUCAAGGUGGUUUGAUUUGAAUAUGUUAAAGAUAUCAUUAUUAAUUCAACAUACACAACCUCUUUUCAUGAACUGAAAUCAUUUAUUUGUAAGUAACAUGCACCAUUUAUCCUAUAAGCUAUGAUCUGCAAAGAUGUCAUGUAAAUAAAAAUGGGUUUACAGAUGUU